CAGCAAUAUUUAAUGGAACCAGUACCAAUAGAAGAUCAAUCUCUGGAAGAUGAGGAUGUGUUUCACUUUGAGACAGAGCACUUGGCCCUACGAGGAAACCAGUGCUAUGCCAACUUGUUGCGAACUAUGGCCGUGCUGCAGGCCCAAAGGAUUCGUGUCCAUCAGCAAAUCGAUGAGCUGGAAGCCACCCGUAACGUCUACUUGGAUAAUCCUCAACUGAUGCUGGACAAGUUACAGAACAACGAAUCCAUUAUAUCUGAUAACUACAUUAACACGGUUGUGCUGCCGGAGUUGCCAACUUUGAGCGCUAAUGAUGAAAGAGGUGGCUUAGAUAAGACACUGGCGAAAGCCGCUUCGUGGUCGCAACAGACAGACGAGAUUAGAGAUAGGAGCAACGGUCGAUCGGAAAACUUCAAUCGCUUGUGGACCAACGAAGAGCAGCGCCGCUUGGAACAGCUGCUCAUCCAAUAUCCUCCGGAGGAAGUGGAAAUGCGGCGAUUCGGUAAAAUAGCCAAGGCUUUGGGCAACAGAACAGCCCAACAAGUGUUCAGCCGGGUCCAGAAGUACUUCCAAAAACUGCAUGAUGCUGGCAUGCCGGUCCCCGGUCGUAUACCCAAGCAUCGCCGACCGGGCCUGAGUAAGCCGAAGGUUCAUUUACGUAAGUCAACAUUCUUUCCUGCUCAGAAUAUAUCGCUUCAAAUGCCGGAGGACGACAUCGCAUUGGACGAUCUGCGUGUUCCAUCGCCUGCUAACGAUAUGCUUCUUAUGCCGGUAUCCUCGCAAAUCAAGAUAGAAGCAAAAACUGAACACGAUUAUGUGGAUGCCGAUCUGGACGCAGAGUCCAAGCGAAAGCAGGAACUGCGUCUUAAGCUUCUGACAGCCAUUCAGGAAGAGAAGCAGCAAGUCGAGAAUGGCUACGGGCCCGAUAUGUUGGCGUCAAAGUGUGCCGAAUGCGAGGAGUCGUCUGUGACCAGAACUCAAUGGCGUUGCAAUAGUUGUUACUGUCACCUAAAUCUGUGCGGGGAUUGCCUGGCCAGCCAGUUAAUCGAGGGGCGCUUCGAACAUUUGAGCCAUGAAGUUAUAGUCGACCAAGAGUGUUAAUCGCAACCCAAAUGCAU